AUGACAUCCGUUUUCCCAGAUUGGCACCAUGUUCCGGCUCGCGAGGUCGCUAAGGCGGCCUUUGAGGCAAAGCUUACCCUCAUCAACUUCGAAGCCGCAUACACGGAUAAGCCAAAGUAUGCAUCCAAGAAAGAAAUGGAAACGGCCAUUGAAGAGCUGAGGGCCCUUCUCGGACGAGAUGCCAUUAGUAUUGACCCGGACGAUCUACAUCGCCAUGGAUACUCCGAUUGGUCCACCACAAACGUUGAUACGCUUCCAACAGCUGUUGUCUAUCCCACUUCGACCCUCGAGGUUUCUCAAAUUGCAAAAGUCUGUGCUAAAUACAAAAUUCCCGUCAUCCCCUACUCUGGCGGUACUUCUGUCGAGGGCCAGUUCACUGCCCCCGUCGGCGGCUUCAGCAUCGACUUCGCAAAUAUGGACAAGAUUCUCGCCAUCAACGACGACGACCUCGAUGUCGUAGUCCAGCCCUCGGUGCCAUGGAUCGAACUGAACGAGUACCUCAAACCCGCCGGCCUUUUCUUCCCUGUCGAUCCAGGUCCGGGUGCCCGCAUCGGCGGCAUGGUCAGCACCAGCUGCUCUGGCACCAACGCUGUCCGCUAUGGAACCAUGAAGGACUGGGUCGUCAACCUUACCGUCGUUCUCGCCGACGGCCGUAUUAUCAAGACGCGCCGUCGGCCCCGCAAGACGGCUGCUGGCUACAACCUAACCGGCCUGUUCGUCGGCGCCGAAGGCACCCUCGGCAUCGUCACCGAGGUUACGCUGCGGCUGACCGUACUCCCGCAGGAGACCAGCGUCGCUGUCGUUACCUUUCCUACUAUUCGGGACGCGGCAGCCGCGGCGUCAAGCGUCAUGCGUGCCGGCGUGCCCGUCGCAGCUAUGGAGAUGAUGGACGACGUGCAGAUGGGCGUUAUAAACAAGGUCGGAUCUACGAAGCGCAAGUGGAAAGAGGUGCCGACUGUGUUCUUCAAGUUCUCGGGCACCAAGGCAGGCGUGAGAGACAAUAUCGAGACGGUCAAGGCCAUCGCAAAGUCCCAUAUGGGCGGCGAUUUCCAGUUUGCUGCGAAUCAAGCUGAGCAGACGGAGCUGUGGAGCGCGAGGAAAGAAGCCCUGUGGAGCAUGUUGGCGCUAAAAGGAGAGGAUGAGGAGCUAUGGAGCACCGAUGUGGCAGUGCCGUUGAGUCGGCUGGCGGAAAUAAUGGAGGAAUCGAAGAAGGACAUUGGUGGACUUGGUAUGUUUGCAUCCAUGCUUGGGCACGUUGGGGACGGCAAUUUCCACUCGGCCAUUUUUUACAAUAAAAAGGAUCCGGAGCAGGUGGAGAAGGUCAAGCGAGUCGUGUACAAGAUGGUCGACAAGGCUUUGGAGAUGGAAGGCACGUGUACAGGCGAGCACUCGGUCGGAUUGAGCAAGAAGGCAUCGUUGGUGAAGGAACUUGGCCCGGAGACGAUUGGCGUCAUGAGAGAGCUGAAGCGGGCCCUGGACCCUCACUCGCUCAUGAACCCAGGCAAGAUUUUUGACCUUUGA